AAUGUUGAAACGUCAACCGUGUAUACAAAACAUCAUCAAAGAUUUAUAAACGAAAGAUUUUUCUCUCCGGUUUUGUGCUUGGCGAGGGAUCCGAACAGAAUGUCUUACUUAACCAAUUUUACGGUUGAAACUGGCAGAGCCAUUUUAUGCGAAAUUAUCAAAACAGUUAAUCAACCGGAAAAUUCAAAGACAAUAUCAUUAGCGAAAGCUUCAGCUGGAAAGGAAAUGAUCGCAAUGAUGCAGCUCGUUUUCCCAUUGGUAAUGAAAAUUCAAAUGGAAGUGAUUACGAAUUUCGGCUUUCCAGGUACGAGAGAAGGUCUUGUUCAAUUCGAGCAGUUGGUACGUGAAAUUGAACGGGACGAUGCAGAAAUAUCACGGCUUCGAUCUCAGAUACGAGCUAUUUAUCUUCCACCGAUUGCUAUCAAUCCAGUGAACGAUGUUUUGAUCUAAAGGAUUGUGUUACCUGCACGCAGUUUAAAUUAUUUUCUUAUUUUACUAAUCGACUCGCAAUAAAUUUUGUAUUUUUCAAAC